GGGGAGGUGAGGGGAGCGCUUGUUUUCCCUCCUCUCACCUCUCUUCUGCUUUGAGACAAGCCUUAGUUAAAAGACGGGAAUCAAACCGCUACAAGAGCGCAAGCAUGAAUGACAUCAAGUUGGCCCUGCUGGGAAGUCCGGGAGCUGGAAAGUCAGCUGUCCUCGUGCGCUUCCUGACCAGACGCUUCAUCGGAGAAUAUGCAUCUGACACCAAUUCUCUGUAUCGAAAGAGGCUGUCCAUCGAAGGCAGGCAGCUGAAUCUGGAGGUGUUUGAUCCUUGCUCGCAGAGCUCAGAGGCCAGGUGCAUACUGGAGGAACCGGUGGAGUGGGCAGACGGCUUUGUGGUGGUCUACAACAUUAGCGAUCGCACUUCCUUCCUCGACGCCAAGAACAUCCUGCGGCAGAUCCGUGAGGCUCGUCAGCAGAACCAAAGCAAAGGGGAACUAUUGGACAUCCCUGUGUGUCUGCUGGGCAACAAGCAGGACCUGUGUCAUGCCCGGCAGGUGCGCGAGGACGAAGGCCGCUGCCUGGCGCAGGAGAACCGCUGCCACUUCCAGGAAGUGUCGGCGGCGGAAAGCUACCAGGACAUUGCCGCCCUCUUCACACAGCUCAUCAGGCAGGUGAUGGAGCACCUGAAGUACCGUGCCGACCGCCGCCGCUACAGUGGCUCCAAGUCCAUGGCCAAGCUUAUCAACAACGUGUUCGGCAAGAGGAGGAAGUCGGUGUGAACAAAGGGUCACUGAUGCGUGUAGACAUUGUUUCCAAAUGGUACUAGAGGAAAGAUAGGAUCUGUGGCUUUACAUUUAACCGAAUAUAUUUUAAUCUUAUGUUCAUAUUAUUCUUGUUUAUAUUUUGUUUUAGAACACAUACAAUUUGUCAUGUUGUAGAUGCAGAUGGGAGGUUGUAAUUAAUGUAAAUAAAGUGACACAUUAUGGAUGAAGUACCAGCUCGGGAAGGGACCGAAGGACCUACCAAGGCACGUAAGCAGUCUCUCAGUGUCGAGACUUGGUGAAUGUUGUAAACGAGUUCCCUCCGCUGUAUUCAAGAUGAUCUUACAUCAUGUGGAAAUGGCGUCUUUAACAAGGAUCAGUGUUGCAGCAGAAUCCAAAAUAGUCCCUUUUUAUGUUUCAGACAUAAACCAUACUAAGUAUAGAAAAUUGGUGGUUUGAUUAUUUCUUUUUGUGCUCUUUCUGAAAUGCCAUAACAUUCCACCAGACCCAUAGGACUGCUCGGAUUACAUGAAAACUUUGAAGCGCUUAAGUAAACAAAAGCAGUGGGAAUUUAACGCAGUGUGAAUGUCACUUUCCAGAACAGAUGGAUGAACUGUUGCACAAAGGCUAUUUAACCUUUGUGGAGGUCUUUGCUUGAUUGAGUGACAUCCUAGUUUAAUGCUCAUUAUAAUAAUAAAUGACCCAUCUUAAGGUGCCCUAAGACUUUUAAACAGUACUGUAUGUUAUGUAGAUAUUAAUUAAACUCUGGUAACUAUAUUUGUUAGCAUUGACUGGGGAGAUUGUUUUAUUUUUAACACUAGAAAACAAUCCGUGAUACCCCAACAUAGUCUGAGAAUUUUGAAGGUAUCCUUCACUCUAGUACAGUCUGAAGACUGGUAUUGAAGCGAGGAUAUUGACUCCAGGAGUGGAUACAGUCUAUAGGGUCUAAUCAUACUGAACUUGGAAACUGUCCAACAGAAAGUUCUAAAGGUAUGAGAAUUAGAAGGUGAUUAAGCAGGGCUCGCUAAAAUGUUUACCGAAAUUACU